AACAGAAAAAAAACCGAGCGAUCCAACAUGGCCGAUCCAAAACUUUGUGGUACAUCGUGGUGAAUCGCCGUCGGACGGCAUUUUUUCAUAUUUUAUUGUGUUAAGCGUAGAAAAAGUGAGCCAAAUAACGCAUCUGAACGCAACCCAAAGUAAAACGUAACACGCGAAAGCGUUUGACCUCGCGCGAAGGCUUGUGUCGCGUGUGUCGAAGUGUACUAUUUGAUAGCUGAUUGUCCCAUAGCAGGGAACGCGCGACUUGAUGCAUCAUCGCUGUCGGCAUCGAUUUCAACGUUGCACUUUCCAGCUUCGGGGGUCGCUUUGCAGCGGUCUUUGAACUCACUACAUCAGCUGGUCCAACAACCGCGUGCCGCACGGUGGUGGUUCAUUAGGAUACAGCGUAAAAUAGCACAACCGAACUGGGGCUUCUGUGUUUUUGCGUUGUGUCAUCAAAGAAAGUGAAGGGGUUACCCGUAGCAGGUAGUGCGGGAAGAAGUGAAGGGCGGUUUUCUUCUUCUCAGUGAAAACCUCUCGAAAGAAAACCACCUGAGCAGGAGGCUCGGUUACAUCCGGAGCUACUUGAGAUUCGAAGCAAACCCCGGUAGAAGAGAUGGCCGAUUUCAUCGAUUCAGAAGCGGAGGAAAGUGAGGAGGAGGAGGAGUUGGAACCACAUGAGCGUAAAAAGCUAAGAAAAAAUAAGGCCGUUUCGGACAGCGAGGAUGAGGAAGAAGACGAUGAAGACCGAUUGCGCGAGGAACUGAAGGAUCUGAUCGAUGAUAAUCCGAUCGAGGAGGAAAGCGACAAUGACGAUUCGGACGAUGGUUCCGAAGGAGGGCACCAGAAGCGCAAGAAAAGCGACGACGAGCUGGACGAUCGGCUCGAGGACGAAGAUUACGAGCUGAUCGAGGAGAAUCUGGGCGUCAAAGUCGAGCGGAAACGCUUCAAGCGCUUGAAAAAGUUUACCAACGACGAUGGGAGCGAUGGCGAGUCGGGCGAUGAGGGCAUGAUACGGGAAACGAUCGAAAAUCGCCUGUUCGAUGCCGCAUCCGACGAUGACGAGGAGCGUGCCUCGGAUCACGACGGAGGUGGCCAGCGCGAUACGAUGGCGAACGUGCGCGAGCACUACGACGAGGAGGAGGACGAAGAAUCGGACGCGGACGAUUUCAUCGUGGAUGAUGACGGUGUGCCGAUCAGCGAUAAGCGCAAAAAGCGUCGACACAUCUUUACCGAUGCAUCGCUGCAGGAGGGGCAGGACAUAUUCGGGGUGGAUUUCGAUUACGAUGAGUUUGAGAAGUACGACGACGAGUACGAGGAAGGUUCGGAAGCGGAGGAUGAGUACGAGGAGGAGCAACUGGAGCAGGUCGAUCGUCCGAGUGGUGGGGAUCGGGGCAAAAAGGCUAAACCGGCCGCCCGGAAGCGAAUGUUGAAAAAAUCCAUCUACGAAAUUUACGAACCGAGCGAACUGAAGCGUGGUCAUUUUACCGAUAUGGACAACGUGAUCCGGAAGCUCGACGUGCCGGAACGAAUGCAGCUGCGAGACGUCCCGGUGACGGCGGUGCCGGAAGGUUCGAACGAGCUGGACGAGGAAGCGGAAUGGAUCUAUCAGCAAGCGUUCUGCAAGCCGCACGUCUCCGACCAGGGCACGGUAACGCGCAAGCCUCCCUCGAACGUGCCGAAAAUUAAGCAUACGCUAGAUUUUAUGCGCAACCAGCAUCUGGAGGUCCCGUUCAUUGCCUUCUACCGGAAGGAGUACGUCCAGCCGGAUCUGAACAUUAACGAUCUGUGGAAGAUCUACAAGUUCGACUCGAUGUGGUGCCAGCUGCUGGGGCGCAAAACUUCACUCCAGCGGUUGUACGAGAAUAUGCGCAACUAUCAGUUGGACAAGCUGAUGGAAAACCCGGACGCACCGAUACCGGAGGAUAUGCGCGUGAUCCGGGACGAAGAUCUAGCCCGGCUGCGUUUGGUACAGUCACACGAAGAGCUGAAGGAUGUGCAUCUACACUUUUUGCUCUAUUAUGCGCACGACAUUGCGCCGAUGCGGACGCGGCUGCGCGAAAAAUCACGUCAGUCGAUGCAAUCGGUGUCAAAGAAAGCUUCCGCUGCGAAGAAGAAAAGCACCGAGGAUGGGGAAGGCGAUGAGAACGAGGUCGAGGAGAAUGGAGAUGAGGAGGAUAAGGAUCUGGGGGAGGAGGAGGAGGAAGAAAAGCCAAAAGGAGCCGGAGGAUCACGGGAGGACGCUAAAGCGGAUCAAGGUGGGAAGGACCGUGUACGGCUGAACAUUGACAUUGGUCCGUACGAGAUCUGUCGGAAGCGUGGACUGACAGGGCUGACGAAACGGUUCGGCCUAACGCCGGAACAGUUUGCGGAGAACGUGCGGGACAGCUACCAACGGCACGAGGUAGAGCAGGAAACGAAGGAACCGCUCGAGGUGGCCAAAGAAUACAUGGGCACGACGUUCGAAUCGCCCGAGGAAGUACUGCAGGGUGGCGUGUUUAUGGUCGCACGACAGCUCGCCCGUGAACCACUGUUCCGGAAGUGUAUCCGGGAGUUGUACUUCGAGCGCGCCAAGCUUAACGUGCGCCCGACUAAGAAAGGCAUGAAAGAAAUCGAUGAAACGCACCCAUGCUACACGAUGAAGUAUCUGAAGGAGAAGCCGGUCCGCGAUCUGACUGGCGAUCAGUAUCUGAAGCUCUACAUCGCCCAGGAAGACAAGCUGCUAACGAUGGAGCUGGUGGACCGGAUCGAAGGCAACACGUCGGGCGACUUUCUCGAGGAACUGAAGGCACUCUACCAUCGCGACGAGUUUGCAAAGAACGUGCAGGAGUGGAACAAAGUUCGGGCGGAAUGUGUCGUGCUGGCCGUUAACCGCAUGGUCAUUCCGGAUCUAAAGCGCGAGCUGCACAACACGCUACUGACCGAGGCGAAGGACGCAGUGCUGCGUGUUUGCUGCCGAAAGCUGUACAACUGGAUCAAGGUCGCACCGUACCGACCACCGGUGCCCGAUUUUGACGAUUACGAGUGGGAAACGACACGCGGCGUUCGGGUGAUGGGUGUCGCCUACGUGCCCGACUACACACAAUCCGCGUUCGGGGCAAUAAUCGCCCCCGACGGUGAGGUGACGGACUAUCUGCGCAUACCGCACUUGCUCAAGAAGAAGAACGCGUACCGCGAAUCGGAAAAGCAGUGCAAAGAGACGGAUUUGCGCACAAUCACCAACUUCAUUCGCAGCAAAAAGCCGCACGUGAUCGUGAUCGGGGGCGAAUCGAAGGAUGCGCUGAUGGUGCAGCAGGAUUUUGUCGAGUGCUUAAAGCGACUGCAGGAAGAGGAACAAUUCCCGCAGAUAGCGGUCGAGAUCGUGGACAACGAGCUGGCCAAGGUGUACGCCAACUCGAUCAAGGGUACGAGCGAUUUUAAGGAGUAUCCACCACUGCUGCGGCAGGCAAUCUCGAUCGCACGGCGCGUGCAGGAUCCGUUGGUUGAGUUUUCGCAGCUGUGUAACUCGGACGAGGAAAUCCUUUGCCUGCGGUAUCACUCGCUCCAAGAGCAGCUAAGCAAGGAGGAGCUGUUGGAGAACAUUCAGCUCGAGUUUAUCAAUCGCACUAACGAGGUGGGUGUGGAUGUGAAUCUGGCCGUGCAGAACCCGCUGACGGCGAACCUGGUGCAGUUUAUCUGCGGCUUGGGUCCGCGCAAAGGGCAGACAAUGUUGAAGCUGUUGAAGCAAACCAACUCACGGCUCGAGAACCGAACGCAGCUCGUUACGACGUGUCACAUGGGUCCGAAGGUUUUCAUCAACUGCUCCGGCUUCAUCAAAAUCGAUACCAACUCGCUCGGCGAUAGCACGGAAACGUACGUGGAGGUGUUGGACGGUUCGCGCGUCCAUCCGGAAACCUACGAAUGGGCACGCAAGAUGGCAGUCGAUGCGCUGGAGUACGACGACGAGGAAGCUAAUCCGGCUGGUGCGCUGGAAGAAAUUUUGGAAGCACCGGAACGGCUGAAGGAUCUCGAUUUGGACGCGUUCGCGAUCGAGCUCGAUCGGCAAGGGUUCGGCAACAAGAGCAUUACGCUGUACGACAUUCGGGCGGAGUUGAACUCGCGCUACAAGGAUCUUCGCACGCCGUUCCGCUCGGUGACGGCGGAAGAGUUGUUCGAUUACCUCACGAAGGAAACGCCCGAAUCGCUGUACGUCGGUAAGAUGAUGCUGGCGACGGUGACCGGGUUUACCUACCGGAAGCCGCAGGGCGAACAGCUGGAUCAGGCUAACCCGGUGCGCAACGAUGAGACCGGCUUCUGGCAGUGCCCGUUCUGUAUGAAAACGGAAUUUCCCGAACUGUCCGAGGUGUGGAAUCACUUCGAUGCGGGCGAGUGUCCGGGGCAGGCGACCGGCGUACGGGUACGGUUCGACAACGGGCUGAACGGGUUCAUUCACAUCAAGAAUCUGUCCGACAAGCACGUGAAGAAUCCGGAGGAGCGCGUGCAGAUCGGGCAGACGGUGCACGUGCGCGUGACGAAGAUCGACAUUGAGCGGUUUUCGUUGGAGUGUUCGUCGAAAAGUUCGGAUCUGUGCGAUCGCAAGCAAGAGUGGCGCCCGCGGAAGGACGCCUGCUACGAUCAGGAAGCGGAAGAAGCGGACUCGCGCAAGGAGGCCGAUUCGAAGAAGCAACAGGCGCGGCAACAGUACGUGAAGCGCGUGAUCGUGCAUCCUUCCUUCCACAACAUCUCGUACGCGGAGGCACUGAAGCUGCUGGAAGGGUACGAUCAGGGCGAUGUGGUGGUGCGCCCGUCGAGCAAGGGUUCCGACCACCUGACGGCGACGUGGAAGGUGACGGACGACAUCUACCAGCACAUCGAUGUGCGCGAAGAGGGCAAAGAGAACGUGUUCAGUCUCGGCCAAUCGCUGUGGAUCGGGAACGAUGAGUUUGAAGAUUUGGACGAAAUCAUCGCCCGGCACAUCACGCCGAUGGCCAUCUACGUGCGCGAUUUGCUCAACUACAAGUACUACCGGGACACGGACGGCGGAUCGAAGGAGAAAGCGGAGGAAAUCAUCAAGGCGGAAAAGCAGAAAAAUCCCAACAAAAUCCACUACAUCCUAUCCGUCUCGAAAACGUACCCGGGCCGGUUUCUGCUGUCCUAUCUGCCGCGCAACAAGUUCCGGCACGAGUACGUGACGGUCACGCCCGACGGCUACCGGUUUCGGCACCAGACGUUCGAUUCGGUAAACUCGCUGCUCAAAUGGUUUAAGGAACACUUUCGCGACCCGAUACCGGUCGAUACGCCCAAGAGCACGCCCAAGGUGGGAGGAAUGUCGUCGCGCACACCGUACGGCAGCACGCCCAAGUUUAGCGAUAUUAAUAGUGAAACGAUCGAGUCGGUUGCGAAAAAUAUGCCUCCGCACAUGCUGAACUCGUUGUCGGCCGCGGCACACCGGACGCCGCACUAUUCCUUCACGCCGCUCGAGUAUGGGUCGAGCAAUUUCGUGACUACGCCCUACACACCGAGCGGACAAACGCCGUACAUGACGCCGUACCAGCAAACGCCCCACUUCUCGCAAACGCCCCGCUACGGCACCUCGACACCUUCCCAGUACUCCAACAAAUCCUCGUACACCGGGAUCCCGACCGGCCAUCCGCCACCUUCCGUCAGCCACCACGGGUACAAAUCGUCCUCGUCCGCGCGUGGCGGGAUGGGCGGUGCGAGCAGUGCGGCCAGCAGCAGCAGCCUCAUGAUGAUGCAGCAACCCUCACCGUACUCGAACAGCAGUGACCAUCACUACCGGACGCAAGCGUCGUCCCAGCAGCAGCUGCAGCACCAGAUGCACCAUGCGCGCAACAACGAGUACGACAGCUGGUCCAAGGCCACCGAUUCCUGGAGCAACCGGGGUGGUAGCAGUAUGAUGAAGAGCCAUCACGCUUCAUCAGACCGAAGCUCCGGUGGAUCUUACCAGCAUCAUCAUCGUGGUGAUGCCGGCCGAUCUAGCGAUUCCGUGACCUCGUCCAACUCGCACGACCAUCGCAUGACACCGCGCUCAUCGUCCAAAUAUUCGGCCAGCCGGUCCCCGAUGCCGCCACCUUCCCAACCGCCUCCCUCGUCGUCGGCGACACCAUCCCAACAGCAAGCCCAGGCGGCAUCGACGGCGGCAGCUGCUGCCUCUUUAACGCUCGGCGAUGCGACGCCACUGUGGGACGAAUAGGAGAUUUUCUAGCACAGGCGCUACUCCAGGAGAAACAAUCAUUAAUCGCGUUUUUUUAAGAAUGAUAAGCAAGCUCCCAAUAUAUUCGCCCCUGGGCGAUGGAUAAAAGCGAUCUUCAGCAUCCCUUUCCUACUUGCUGCUAUUCAUCGUGUCACACACGGUCCAACCGAUUGCGAUUGGACUUUGGAAUCAACGCGUAGGAAGACCACCUGGGUCCGGAAGUAUUUCAGAUAAGCGGCGAUCAUCAAGGACAGCAACCGGCGCGAACUGUUGUUGGUCGAUCAACUUUGCGAUUGCGUCUCACCUCUCAUUGUGUGCUGCGGGGCUACUAGCGCGCUGUGACGCACGAUGGAUACUCAAUUUCAAUCUUCGGACUGCUUGGACGGCAGGGCCAACACUGAUAACCGCAACGGACGCAUGGGUUUCCAACCGGUAUCGACCGCCGGUGGGUGGUUACAUCGGCUUAACAAUUCAGAAACGAACCCCCUUCCCCUUUUUCCUAGCGUUUAAGAUCCUUUAAUAAAAAGUAUAGACAUUUUUUUUUAAACUGUAA